UAAUGAAGGGAUAGGCUGAAUAAUAGAAGGGAGCAACUAAAACAGUCAAGAAAGUUAAAACCACAAACAAGAGAGCACCUGUUAGGUAGGAUUUAGCAUUAAAAUUAGACUAUGGGUUAAGGCUGUAUUUACAGGUUUUAGAAGAUCAAAAGUUUAAUAGAAUGAAAACUAAGCAUUACUCAAAAUUGAACAUGUUAAUGAUGUUGCUUCAAGCAGAUUCUAUUGGGGAAAAAGAGUUGCAUACAUUUACAAGGCUCAUUCAUUAAAGAAUAACACUAAAUUCAGAGUAUGAAUUAUUUUGAUUCAGGCAAUUUGGGGACGUAUUAGCAAAUCUCACGGCAGCAAUGGAAUUGUUAUUGCUCGUUUUGGUAGAAAUCUUCCUCCAAGAGCUAUUGGAUCAACCCUUAGAGUGUUCCUUUAUCCCAACAGAGCUUGAAAAUC